AUGAUCUCCGCACUUGCCUGCUACCUGGUCUGCACCCUGCUGCUUGUCCUCCAAAGCAGUGCCGGUCGUUUGCACUCAAGGCAAUCACCCACCGAGUGCCCCACGAAGAGGACAUAUAUUGCGGUUUCUGGAGACACCUGUGCAAAGAUCGCUACAGCCCAUAGCGUGCCUCGUGGCUCGUUAAUCGCCAUUAAUAAAGUUCGCCCGGACUGUGCCGACCUCAGGGUCGGCCAGGUGCUAUGUUUACCGGAACCAUGCGCACUCUACCCCGUCGAGAUUGGGAUGACUUGUCAAGACAUCGUGGAGCAGAACCUCCUCACCUACGAACAGCUCCUCGAAUGGAACUCGUACCUCGAUUCGGGAUGCACAAACCUUUUGGCCGGAGAUGAGGUCUGCGUAUCCCCACCAGCACCCCUACCGUCUCCAACAACCUCGCCUGCCCCGUCGACGCUGCAGAAGAGAGUCUACGCUACUUCGAUCGUAGAUCCACCAGGUCCCGUCCCCCGCGGCACGACGAAGAACUGCGGACAAUACUACGAGGUCAAAUCGGGCGACUACUGCGACUCCAUCGCGGACCGAUACAGCAUCGACUAUCAGCUUUUCAGGGACAUCAACCCGGCUAUCGACGCGCAAUGCACAAACCUUAUUCCAGGACUCUACUACUGCGUCUCGCCCACCGAGAAUUGGAACCAGACAGCUACUUCCACCACGGCGACUUCAGCGUAUGCCACUGCACCGGCUCCCACAACUAGCGGAACGACUGCCAACUGCUACGAGUGGUACGUUGUUCAAUCCGGAGAUACCUGCAACCGCAUUGCUAUGAGCUACAGCAUUACCAUCGACGAUAUCAGGCGUUGGAACCCGAGCGUUAGAGCAGACUGCUCUAACUUGAGAUCCGGCCGCGCCUACUGUGUCCACGGUGACCCUGCCAGUCCCACAACGCCCAUGUCUACUCCAGCACAGGCUACUGCGACCCCAGCUAUGUGA